UUUACCUCUAUCUGCUCGAUGGUAUAUUUGCUUCUCGUAUUGUAAUUUGUGUUAUUUUGUUAUGCAUAAAUAAAUAAAAAAAUGCUUCUCGUGUCUAUUUAAACACUUCGACGAUUACGUCCGUUUGAAAAUGAAGCUUCCUACUGAUAUACUAAGAGCCUUUAUACAUAACAUGUAAAUAAAAUAUUAUUCGUUCAGAAAAAAAUACUUGGAAUGUUGCAGAAUUUAUAUUUAUGUAUUAGGAAGGGGUCCUCUAAGUGUGCCAAUGCCACCAUUGCUCCUAAAUGGAGAUGUUUAACAGCGAUAGAGCUUAAAGUGAGAGGAAUAAACAAUUCAUUUGUUUGGGUAAGGAGAAAUAGUGCUCCGGAACUCCUCAUAUCCCACAACCCCCUGCGCGCUUGAGGGCGGAAGAAACUGCAGAAUACAUCAUCGUCACCACCAGCUGAAUUAUCUGUGUUGCUGUUCUGAACAAUUUUGCUUUGUGAAGCUGUGAAAAGAAAAAUCUGCCCUAUUUUAGAGUGAACUUUGGUUUUAUAGUCUAACAUGCCGCUAUUCGAGGGUCUGGGAAGCGGCGGGGAGAAGACGGCUGUCGUGAUAGAUCUAGGAGCUGCCUACACGAAAUGUGGCUUUGCUGGUGAAACGGGGCCCAGAUGCAUCAUCCCUAGCGAAAUUCAGAAACCAGGACUCCAGCAGCCCAUCAGAGUGGUUCAGUACAACAUCAAUACGGAGGAACUGUACUCCAACCUCAAGGAGUUCAUCCAUAUGCUGUACUUCAGACAUCUGCUGGUGAACCCCCGGGAUAGGCGAGUUGUGGUUAUUGAAUCAAUUCUCUGCCCUUCUCACUUUCGGGAGACACUCAGCAGGGUCUUCUUCAAGCACUUUGAGGUCCCCUCUGUCCUUUUUGCUCCCAGCCAUCUCAUGUCAAUUUUGACCCUGGGCAUCAACUCCGCACUGGUGAUGGACUGCGGAUACACGGAGACCCUGGUGCUGCCUGUAUAUGAGGGGAUCCCUAUUCUGUCAGCCUGGGAGGCCCUGCCUCUGGGAGGAAAAGCCAUUCACAGGGAGCUGGAGAACAUGCUUGUGGAACACUGCACUGUGGACACUGACUCCAGCAAAGGACGGAGUCUGCCAACAGUCAUGGGUUCUAUUCCUGAAGAAAUAGUUGAAGACAUUAAAGUGCGCACCUGUUUUGUCAGUGACCUGCAGAGAGGACUGAAGAUCCAGGAUACAAGGUUCAACCUGGAAGGCACAGCUGAGCGUCCAUCCCCACCCCCUGAUGUUGACUAUCCGUUGGACGGAGAAAAGAUUCUGCACAUCAAGGGAUCAAUCAGGGAUGCUGUUAUCGAAACAAUGUUUGAGCAAGACAACGAGGAAAAGUCUGUCGCCACCUUAGUACUCGAUUCACUUAUCAAGUGUCCAAUUGACACUCGCAAGGUGCUGUCGGAGAACCUGGUGAUCAUCGGCGGCACAGCCAUGCUCCCUGGCUUCCUGCAUCGUCUCCUGGCCGAGAUCCGGCUGCUGGUGGAGAAACCGCGAUACCAGCAGGCUCUCUCAACGAAGACGUUCCGCCUGCACAACCCGCCCGCGAAGCCCAACUGCACGGCCUGGCUGGGAGGUGCUAUAUUUGGGGCCUUGCAAGACAUCCUGGGUAGCCGGUCGGUGUCUCGAGAUUAUUACAACCAGAUGGGAAGGAUUCCAGACUGGUGCUGCCUGAGCAGCCCCCCACCAGAAGCAGUGUAUGAUGCGGGCAAGGCCGCCCCGCCGCUCAUGAAGAGAGCCUUCUCGACCGAGAAGUGAAUCCUGUCCGCGGAGCUGAGUGUCGGCCCGUAAGACCGCAGUCUCCCUUGUUGGCGUUAUGCUGUUGCACCCGAUUCCUCGCGCGUCUUUCCCCUCCGCCCACACUGAAGACCUGUGGACCUCUGCUUCUCUGCCAGCGCUGGCCUUUUCCCCCUCCGCUGCUCCAGCGCUGGAGUUAGUUCAGCCUGCAAUUGCUUGGCUGGCCACUAAGGGGCACUUAAUACUCUACCGUUUCAUGCCACACACAGAACGUGAUCUUCAUGAAGACACAGCUACAGCAAGGUCAGGACACAGGCCUCCCUUAUAGUCUGGGCUAAUGUGUUAGAUUACCCUAGGUAACAUGUUAACAUGCACCAGUCACUGUUGACUAAACUCUUGAAAAAUUGGUCUGGCAGUGCUUGUUCUAACCUUAUUGAGGACUUUGCCAGACUUUGUGUUGUAGAGCAAGAUGUAAUUGUUUGAGAACCAUUUUAAUUUAAUUACUGGAAGUCAUAUGGGAAACAUUGUUUAUGCUUAAAAAUGGAAGAAAUGCAGUACAGAACGUGUUUUCAAUUAUAGCAUAAGAGUUUAUACCACGCCAGUUUUUCAGCAUAAUAUAAUAAUAAUAUGUUCAGCAAGAGGAGAAAAGUGUUUGAUGUCUGUUCUGUGAUUUAUUUUUUAAAAAUCACUUUCUUGUUCAUACACACCCCAGUUUAUAAGCCUGUUUUUGUCAAGUGUAUGUGUAAAUUAUGCACUGUUGGCUAGGAAAUGUCAUUACUGUAUAAAUAUAAUAAAAUAAAUACAUGAAAAGAAAGGUUUAACAUUUCUUCUAUGUUUAAAAUUUCAUCAGUAGGGGGACUGACAUCUCUGUUUUACAGAAUCCAGAAAAACAUAUCUUCAGUGACUAUUGAAACUUUAUACUGUAUAUUGUACAGGGCACUCUGUUUACUAAAAAUAUGAAAGUUGUUUUUGUGCAUUCAUUUUGUGCUGAUGCUGCUCAAAAGAAUUUUUUGAAAAGUUGAACUGAAUAAAAAAAAAGAAAUCCUUGCAAAAUAGUAAAACUCCUAUCAGAUAUUUGAAUUGUGGAGUGCACGUGGAGCCUGUGAUUUGAGACUUGAGUUUUUGCCAAAACAGGAUAUUUGAUUUAUAUUGUUUUCAUAACAUCUAUUGAAUUAAAUAUUUAAUAUUUGAACUCCCAGUAUCUUCACUGGUAAAAAUGCUUUAUUUUCUAACAGAAAAGAAUGAGUGCUGUUCCAUAAUUGAGACUUUCCAGUAAUCUGUCACUGGAAUUGUCUUUCCAAUUUAUAAGUUAAUACUAACAGUCUAUGAUGCACGGAGACUGUAAACAGCAGUAUAAUUAGUGCAUUGCAAUGUGUAGAAAGAAUUAUGAUGUUGCAAAGUUAUAGCUGAGGCUGCCCUAAUUCUUUGUCUCAUAUUCUUAGGACUCUGAGGGUUGCAGUCAGAAAAUUAAGUGAGCUGGAGUCCUGCAAGGGCCUGGAUUUGUUUUUCAAAGUUUUCCAACUUAAACCAUAUGCUUGAAGUAUACUGCAAUGGACUCUUUAAGAUUAAUGCAGAAGCCAAAAGUAUAAACAAUUUUAAUUGUACCUUAAUGUAUUCUGGAAUAAAAGGGUAUUUUAAAGAUGUCAUAAAA